AUGACACAUCGCUUAACAUUGAUUUGUGUGGGAAAGGGGGAGAAUUUUGAAAUAAAUCCCGCAACUGCUAACUGUAAUGUGAAACAACACCAUAUAGACGAGUGCUCUCUUGGGAAAUACAAUUGCAGCGUGAAUGCUACGUGUGUCAACACUGUUAGCUCGUAUGAAUGCCGAUGUAAGCGUGGAUAUUUUGGAAAUGGAAAAAUGUGUUCAGCAAUAAAAAUGUUCCACGCCAACUUUACAAGUCUUGGAGCAACUGGUCGUCUUGGUCCUUCAUCCCUGGGCUCCUACUAUGUGGGGAAAGGUAAUGACAACAUGGUGAUUCUCAGGAAUGGGAUACAGUUCUGGACAGUUCCCUACACUGGAACAUACGAGAUCACUGCAGUUGGUGCAGCUGGAGGAUAUGAUAAAUACGGCUCAAUUGCUCGAGGUCGUGGGGCUUAUAUGAGGGGUGAAUUUAACUUUCAGAAAGGAGAUGUAUUAAAAAUAUUGGUUGGACAGACAGCUCCAGUGAAUUCUGCUAGUCAGUCGUCAGGGGGAGGUGGCGGAUCAUUUGUAGCGACAUCGUUAAACACACCGCUUAUUGUUGCUGGAGGCGGGGGUGGCGUUGAAAGGCUGAGUAAUAGACUGGCAAACUGCGAUGCAAGUAAUGGAACAUCUGGAAGAAGAAAUCAGUGUAAAGCGUUCUGCGCUAUUUGGUCUGGGGGGAAGAAUGGGAGUGGCGCAUUACAAGCAGACAGCGGUUACUCAGGUGGUGGUGGUGGUGGAUUCUACAGUAAUGGACGCAGUAGUUCUCAGUUUGGCGGUUCCUACGGUUACGGCGGGGAAGGAGGGAGAGGUUUUCUUCAGGGGGGUGCAGGAGGACGUGCUCACUAUUAUAAUGCUGUCGGUGGAUUUGGAGGAGGUGGGGGAGCGUAUGGAUCCGGAGGAGGUGCAGGAGGAGGUGGAGGAUAUUCUGGUGGAGCAUCAGGAAAUAAUAAUCUUCAAUCUUGUGGUGGAGGAGGUGGUUCUUACAACGCUGGAAAGAAGCAAGCAAACGUAGAAGACGUGAAUGAAAAGGGAGAUGGUUAUGUCGAAAUAAAACGCAUAUUCUAAAGAGGAUUAUUACGAUUUACAUUGUUGAAUAUAGA